CAACGCAGCCUGCGCUUGAAUUAACCAAAUUAAAAUUCAGUACUAUGCCGCUGUUUCUCUGGUGGAUUGCUGGCUAUAUAAUACUCGUAUCGGGGAGUACGGACUCCCCCCUUUACACACUGGACCAGGGGAAUGUGGGCAGGUGCUUGGACUACUGCCACCUGAAGAACAUCCGAUUCCUCCUCUGCGUCGAUGCAGAUGGUCAGCUGUCCCACAAUCCCUAUAAGGACUGCAAUCGGGGAUUCUGCAGGGCCGAAGACUUCGAACUUGAGUACGAAACGAGUGAUGGCAAGGAAACUCGGACCAAUCGCGUGGAGAAAACGAGAGUUGGUCAGAGAGCCCAUCUUAGAGAUUUGUGCCUGAAUGAAAGGGGCAUUCCCAUCAGACGCAGGUGCCAAAUUCGAAGUGGCAAUAGAGUGUGGCAAAGCCUAGAUCACAUAACGUGCAGAUCGGCGCCUGAACUCAGCACAAGUAUUAACCUUUUGGCUGUGAACAGUCCGCCGGAUAUGAUCAGCCAACUGAGUAAUCUCCUCACUCAAUCGGAGGAAAAACUGGCCGCCGCUGAUGUGUUUAGUAUUUCGGAGAUAUUUGACUCACUCGUUAGGAAACGCGAAAGAAAUGCUGAGGUCGUCGGGGACCUAAUGAAGAUUUGCCAGAAGGUGAUGUCCACCGAUGACGAGAGCCUUCGAAUUUCAGCCGAUGUCAAUGCCACAAACUCCCUUCUAAGCAACUUCGAAGAUUAUCUGGAUUCAUUGAGUGCGAAAAUAUUGCAGCAAAACAGCAGCACGUUUAACAGCAGCUUAGAGUUUAAUUUCCAGCCAUUUUUUGACUUGGGAGUUGUGGUUCUCAAGACAAACGAGCUGAGUGUAUUUUUUGUGGAUCCAGACGUGGCCAAUGUUACCGGAAUUGCCAUCUUUUCCGAUGGGCUUACAUCGGAUUUUAAGAGGCUUCAUUCAACCGAUAACGUGGAUGAUAUAAGGGGAAAAGACAAUCUGGAGACUGCAGCAUUUCUGCCUGAAAAACUGUGGAGGAAACUAAAGAAAAAGGGAGCCACUUACCUAGUCUUUAAGGUAUACACUCGAGAUGCCCUUUUUGUGGAAACUGAAGAGGAACUCAAACGGCGACCUACUAGUAAUGUUAUCUCCAUAACCAUACCAGGAUUGGAAGAUCGCAAUCUCCCCGAGAAGUUGCCGUUUUUCCUGCGCAAUGGAAAUGCAAACCGAACUCAAUCCGAAGGUGGAUGUGGCUAUUGGAACUACGAGACUUGGCUGAGUGAUGGCAUUUCCACCUCUGGCAGUGAUGGAUUGGAUAACUCUUCGAAUCCGGUCAUCCUCUGUCAUGCUGAACACCUCACCCAGUUCACCUUUCUACUGGGAGUUAGUAAAAUGCAGACAGGACUAGACACCUACGAAGAUGACCGCACUCUGGACAUAAUCACCAAUGUGGGAUUGAGCCUAUCGCUCCUGGGACUCUUUUUCAUUUUCCUGACUGCAGCAGUUUUUAAGAGCUUCAGGAUGUUGGCUUCCACAAAAAUACUACUUAACUUGUGCGCUGCCCUGGGUCUUCAGUUGCUGUUCUUCCUCAUAUUAAGUCAAAGUCAAUUACUGGAGCAGCUGGAUCAAACAAAUUCGGAUCGUUGCACGCUAGUUGGAGCCGUGAUGCAGUACUUACUCCUAGUUGUCUUCAGCUGGAUGUUUAUUAUAGGCUUCCUACAGUAUCAAAGAUAUGUCAGGGUCAUCGGGGUUAAUCACCCAAGACAUUACAUAUUGAUAUCAGCAGUAGUGGCCUGGACAUUGCCACUGAUACCCACAUUGUUGGUGGUUUUUUUAAAGCCCGAUUGCUACAGACCCAGCAACACCACCCUGGAUACUCCCAUCCUGUGUUAUCCUUCUGGAUAUGGCUUGAGUCUGGGAGUAGUCCUGCCCAUUGGACUGAUUACAGUGGCCAAUGCCCUGAUGGUUGGCUAUAUCACCUGGAGUGUCUACAAGACUCUGUUCACUCGGAAUCUAAUCUUAAAACAAUUGGGUCUCUUCGUUCUACUCUUCUUUCUUUUGGGAAUCACUUGGAUUUUCGGGCUGUGUACCUAUUUCGAUUUUGGCAGGAUCUUCGCCUACCUCUUCUGCCUCACAGCCACACUACAGGGCUUCGUUUUAUUCCUUUACUUUAUAGUCUUCAACAAGGACAAUCAGCGGGCCUGGUUGGGACUCUGUUGCAAUUUGCGCAAGAAGGGCGACCAAGAAACUAUCGAAAUGCCCACGGAUUCGAUUUUAAAACGCUCAAGCCAGUCAUCAACUCACAGUACCAGUAACUAAGUGUCUAGUUAGGUAAAAAAAUAGUUAGUUUUGACGAAUAUAUGUAUAAGAAUCCACUUAGAAAAAUCCAUUUAUUAAUUAUUUGUAAUUAAUUAUAAAUUAUAAUGGGAAUUAUUGAGCUGCAAGUGCUCAAAUAAUUCUCUGUUGAGAUGUACUUAAACUGUUUAAGUAGAUGCAACUUAGUGAAUUAAAUGAAAUAUAUUAUCUAAA